CAAAUGGUGGGCUCAUACCAGACUCACGAUCCAUCAGAUCCGUUGGCUGGGCCUCAACCAGUUAUGCCGCCGUCGCAUCUGCUUCAGCAGACAUUGAUGGAAGAUAUUUCAUAUCCGUCCAAAGCCUCUGCAGGGGUGUACAAGGCAAAAUUGUUAGAGUUAUGUCGGAAGCACAGAUGAUGAAACAACCUGAGUACGUGACAUCGAAGGAAGGUCCUGAUCACAUGCCUCGAUUUACUGCCACUGUGGUUGUCAAUGAAGCUGCUUACAUCACUCCACACAAUCAAUGCCGUUUAUCGAAAGAAGCAACAAACCUUACCGCUUGGGUUGCCUUCAACCAAUUAGCAAGCCUCGGCUUUUCAUCAGCAGAUCAUAUUGAUAUCACGGUACAUCAAGACAAUGAAAGGAGUGCACAACCAUCCGAUAUCAAAUCAACAUCAUUGGCUAUUAGAGAGCCUUCCAACUCUUCACACAUGCAACAUGUGUACAAGAACCAGCUACAACAGUAU